AUGGCCACCUCAAAUCCCCCUCAUCCAUUGGACUUGGCAGCGUCGCCGCCCAUCUUCAUCCUUCCAACUCACUUGAAGCCAGAAGAACUUCAUGACACGGAAGACCAGAUCGUCCAAGCUGGCGGCCAAUUGACGUACGAUGCCAAAGAGGCCAGAGUCUUCAUAGGUCGAGUCACCCAUAAGAAGCGUGCCGCAUUUGAUCUCCGGGCGAGGGGAGUAUGGACAGAAGAGUCAGCCUUGCCGGGGACGAGCUCCAACGCAGAUGUGGGUCGUGAACAGAGUGUGCAGGAAGGCCCAGCGAGGAAGAAAGUCAAGCUUGCAGAGCAUGCUCGCAGUUCCCGGUAUUCGACAAGGUCAAAGCGGCUCAGUUCAAGCCCGAUCUCGAUAUCUUCAGAUUCAUCUGGGGAUGAAGGCGCAUCUCCACCCGCCGCCCAAGUGUCCUGGCCUGAUCUAUCAGUCCAUAUUCUCAUCCUGAAACUCUCCUGGCUGGAAGCCUGUCUCAACGAGGGACGUCUGCUUCCAUACCAACCUUACAUGGUCUAUGCGGCGAGGAUCAUCCCCAAGCCAGCGGACGAAGUCUCUCCCAGAGCGCCCGCACCCGUGACCACGUAUGUCAAGGUAGGAGGAUCUGCGUCGCAAUCUCAAGCCAUCACAGCACGAAGGGCGUCCAAGCCGGCCGUGUCGACAUCCAUUUUGGAACGUGCAAAGGCCGAAGCAGCGGUCCUGCCCUCGUCCUCUCGCCGCCGGUUUGGCGACCAUGCCCACCACCACCAUUCUUCGUCCUCACAGGCAGACUCCACCCAUCACAAGCGGCCGAAGCUCCAUCGCACCACGACGUCUGAACUCGAAUACCAAGCCAAGCACCCUCUUCCACCUCUUCCGGACUGGGCAGUCGGCCCCAACGCAGCCUACGCGUGCUGUCGCUCCACGCCCAUGCACACCCCCAACGACGCCUUCAUCGCCCAACUCACCAAGAUCAAGGAAGCCCGCGUCCUCACACUCGACGAUAUCGGGGUUCGCGCCUACUCGACCUCCAUUGCCUCGAUCGCCGCCUACCCGUACCGCAUCGCUCAUGUCGAAGAAAUCACCCGCCUCCCCGGCUGCGAAACUAAGAUCGCCGCGCUGUGGCGCGAAUGGCAAGACUCUGCGCCGCCGGAAGCCGACGACUCGGAGAGAUUCAUCCAAGUGGUCCGCGACUUGGAGGCCGAUCAGGACCUGCAACACCUGCGUCUCUUCUGGAACAUCUGGGGCGUCGGACCGGACACGGCGCGCAGGUUCUACUUCGAGCACGGCUGGAAGGACCUCGACGACGUGGUGGAGUUUGGCUGGUCGACCUUGACCCGCGUGCAGCAGAUCGGCGUCAAGUACUACGACGAGUUUCUGGAGAAGAUCCCCCGGCGCGAGGUGGAGGCGAUCGGGGACGUGAUCUUGCGGCACGCGCGAUCUGUUCUCCACGUCCCGGAAGACAAGUUCGGCUCGACGGACGACAUCGAACUCAUCAUCGUCGGCGGAUACCGGCGCGGCAAGGCCUUCUCGGGCGACGUGGACGUCAUCCUGUCACACCGCGAAGCGUCCAAGACGCAAGAUCUGGUGGUGGAGGUGGUCCGCAGUCUCGAGGAAGAGGGCUGGAUCACGCACACGUUGACGCUGCACACCACGACCAGUGAUCGCGGGCAGGCGACGCUGCCGUUCCGCGGGGGCACGAGCCACGGCCACGGCUUCGACAGCCUGGACAAGGCGCUGUGCGUGUGGCAGGACCCGCACUACGCGAGCGAGGACCCGGAAGCGACCGCCGAUGACACGGGCCCGGCCGCCCGGAAAACGAACCCCAACAUCCACCGCCGCGUCGACAUCAUCGUCUCGGCGUGGCGCACCGUCGGCUGCGCGGUGCUGGGCUGGAGCGGCGGCACGACCUUCCAGCGCGACAUCCGGCGCUUCGUGCGCAAGACGCACGGACUCAAGUUCGACUCGUCGGGCGUGCGCCACCGCGGGAACGGGCUCGUGCUGGACCUCGAAGCCCCGCGACCCAAGGAUCACAAGGGCGGCGCACUGGAGCGGCUAUUGAUGGGGGCCGGCGGCGGCGGCGGCGUCAAGGCUUUAAAACGCAGUGACUUCAAGGACGACGCCAUCGAGUGGGACGACCUAGAUACCUGGGCCGACCGCGAGAGGAGGCUCAUGGACGGCCUAGGCAUCGGGUAUCGUCCGCCCGAGGAGAGGUGUACGGGCUGA